GGAAUACCAAGUCAAAACCCUAAAAAUGGGGUUUAGAGUCUUUGCUGUACUGUCUUAGGAGCAGUGAACUACCCCUUUUACUCAUAUCCUAUCCUAAAAUAUAAUCUGCUCUUCUCUAUUUUCAAAAUUUGAUCCAAGGAGGAAGACACUAGCGAUUUUUCAACAUGGAGGUGGAAUACCCAGUUAAGGGCCUUGACAAUGAUGUAAGCGAAGAGGAGGAAGAAGAAGAAGAAGGAAACAGAAGCAUUUCAAAAUCUCGGAAAAAAUUAGCUGGGGAGCAUAAAGAUCAGUUGCAAAAACUUAAAGAAAAGGACCCUGAAUUCUAUCAAUUCUUACAAGAGCAUGAUGAGGAGCUUCUACAAUUUGAUGAUGAGGAUAUUGAGGAAGAUGUUGAUACUGAUGCAGAGGAGGCGAAAAUGCAAGUGGAUGAGGAAAUUAGUGGUCAUGAUAUUGCUGAAAAGGAAGAGAAACCAUCUAAAAAUGUUAUUACUAGUGCAAUGGUUGACUCUUGGUGUAAUUCAGUUCGAGAAGACGGAAAAAUAGGUGCUCUUCGUUCUCUUAUAAAAGCUUUUAGAAUUGCAUGCCACUAUGGUGAUGAUGGUGCGGAUGACUCUUCAAUGAAGUUUACUAUCAUGUCCAGCAGUGUCUUUAAUAAGAUAAUGUCAUUUGUACUCGGUGAAAUGGAUGGAAUUCUUCGUAAAUUGUUGGGGCUACCUGCUUCUGGUGGUAAGAAAGAAACUAUAAAUGAUUUGAUGAUCACAAGAAAAUGGAAGAACUAUAACCACCUGGUGAAGUCGUAUUUGGGAAAUGCUCUACAUGUUUUAAACCAAAUGACUGACACAGACAUGAUAUCUUUUACAUUACGGCAUCUCAAAUAUUCAGCUGUACUCUUGGCUGCUUUUCCAAAUCUAUUACGGAAGUAUACCAAGGUUGUCCUUCACUUUUGGGGUACAGGAGGAGGUGCACUCCCUGUUGUCUGUUUUCUUUUUCUGAGAGAUUUAUGUAUUCGACUUGGAUCUGACUGUGUAGAUGAAUGCUUCAAAGGCAUAUACAAAGCUUAUGUUUUGAAUUGUCAGUUCAUAAAUGCUGCUAAGCUACAGCAUAUACAGUUUCUUGGGAAUUGUGUCAUAGAACUUCUUGGGGUGGAUCUUCCAACUGCUUAUCAACAUGCCUUUGUUUUCAUCAGACAAUUGGCGAUGAUUUUGCGGGAUGCUAUUACUAUGAAAACUAAGGAAUCAUUUCGCAAGGUUUAUGAAUGGAAGUUCAUAAAUUGCCUUGAGCUUUGGACUGGAGCUAUCUGUGCCUAUAGUUCAGAAGCUGAUUUUAGGCCUCUUGCUUAUCCAUUGACCCAAAUAAUUUCCGGAGUUGCUCGCCUAGUUCCAACUGCUCGAUAUUUCCCCCUUAGAUUGAGGUGUGUUAGAAUGCUCAAUCGGAUUGCUGCUUCUGCUGGUACUUUCAUACCUGUUUCUACACUGCUUUUGGACAUGCUGGAGAUGAAAGAAUUGAAUAGGCGCCCUACUGGAGGUGUUGGGAAAGCUAUUGAUUUGCGUACCAUGCUGAAGGUGAGCAAACCUACCCUAAAGACACGAGCAUAUCAGGAAGCAUGCGUAUUUUCUGUGAUAGAAGAGCUUGCUGAACAUUUAGCUCAAUGGAGCUAUUCUGUUGCUUUCUUUGAACUGUCUUUUGUUCCAUCUGUGCGGUUACGUAAUUUUUACAAAAGUACCAAAGUUGAAAGGUUCAGAAAAGAAAUACGUGAGCUUAUUCAUCAGGUUGAGGCUAAUUCCAAGUUUACGAAUGAAAAGCGUAUGUCAAUAAAUUUUCUACCAAAUGAUCCAGCAGCUACAGCUUUUCUUGAGGACGAGAAAAAGUCAGGGGCCAGCCCUCUGUCACGGUAUGUUGCAACUCUGCGACAGAGAGCACAACAACGAUAUGAGUCAUUGGAGGAAUCCAGUGUCCUUGUAGGUGAACACUCUUUUGUCUUUGGGAAUAAGGCGUCCGAAAUGAUAGAAGAUGAAGAUGAUGAUGCUGAAAAUGAGAAAGGUGCAGCCAUCUUUAGCUCCUCUUGGUUACCAGGAGGUGAAUCCAGGAUCAAGGCUUCUAAGGAGAAAAAGAAAACGAAGAAGAGAACAGGGAGGCAGCAAGAAGCAGCAACUCUGGAUGAAGAUGUUGUGGAGGACCUGGUACUUAGUUCUGAUGAAGAUGGAUCUCUGAAUGACUCCGUUGCUUCUUCUGAAGAUGAUGAUGAGAAAUUGGCGUCUCCUAAACGGCAGUGUAAGCAGCGGAAACCUUCUAAAAAUUUUCCAAAGAAGAAAUCUCGUCCAAAGAAGUCAAAGAAGAAAAAUUCUGCAUGCCAUACCUCUUCUGAUGGUAAAGGUGAUAAAGCAAAACCAGUGCCUCCUAAACAGCACAGCAAGAAGCCGAAACCUUCUGGAAUCUUGUCAAAGAAGAAUGUACAAUCUCAGACAAAGAAGAGGAAAAGAACUAAUUAAUUGUUUAGCAAAGUUGAAAAGAUUUUUAUCAUUAAUAUUGAGGAUAUGAUUUGUUUUGGCAUUAAUAUUAAGCACUAUAAAUUGCCAUAAAAUAUGAAUUUUAAAUUA